CAUUUAAUCAAAAGGAAAUGUUUUGUGACACGUCGAAUGUCGACAACAAGGGUUCAACAUCAGUGGCCUGCCGGUGAGUUGUGAUAUGAUCCUCUUCUCAUCCACAGCUGUUCUGUACCUGUGGGCGGUCCCGCGGCAGCAGCAGAGGUUUAAAGGGGAAAAACUUGCGGGACUUGUUCACUGUCAGAUCCCCUGAGUGAGGAAGCCGCCAGUUUCUUUUCUUUGUUUAUGGAUCUCGACCCAGCAGCAGCAGCAGCAGCCGCCUGCUCACCUGGACCUGAUCCCGGACACGUGAUCGGGUUCUUCCCGCUGCAGGCCGCGAUGUGCGCCGCGUGCUGAGCGCAGCUCCGCGUCCAUUGGACGCUCAGACCUGCGGCGAGCGUCUGUGGAGCGGAACCGUCCGUCAUGGUCGGGGGAGGCGCGGGGGAUCCGACGCCCUCGGCCGCCGUCAAGGUCUUCUCCGCUGGAACAGCUGGCUGCGUGGCCGACCUGGUCACCUUCCCCCUGGACACGGCCAAGGUCCGACUGCAGAUUCAAGGGGAAUCCAAGGCCUCGCUGGGCGUCCAGAGGGCGAGGUACAGAGGUGUGUUCGGCACCAUCUACACCAUGGUGAAGACCGAGGGCCCGAGGAGCCUGUACAGCGGACUGGUGGCCGGGCUGCACAGACAGAUGAGCUUCGCCUCCGUCCGCAUCGGCCUGUACGACACCGUCAAGCAGGUCUACAGCAGGGGAUCAGAAAGUGCAGGGAUCGGGGCUCGGCUGCUGGCCGGCUGCACCACGGGGGCGAUGGCGGUGGCCUUCGCUCAGCCCACCGAUGUGGUCAAAGUCAGGUUCCAGGCUCAGGUCCGCCUGCUGGAGAGCGGCUGUGUGAAGAGAUACAGCAGCACAAUGGACGCCUACAAGACCAUUGCCAGGGAGGAAGGCGUUAGAGGCCUCUGGAAAGGUUGUCUGCCAAACAUAACUCGCAAUGCCAUCGUAAACUGCUCCGAGCUGGUGACCUAUGAUGUCAUCAAAGAGCUCAUCCUGAACUACAACCUGAUGACAGACAACUUGCCGUGUCACUUCAUUGCAGGAUUCGCAGCAGGGUUCUGCACCACGAUUGUAGCAUCUCCGGUGGAUGUGGUCAAAACGCGCUUCAUGAACUCGGUGCCUGGGCAAUACAGCGGUGCCAGUAACUGUGCCUUAACCAUGCUAACGAAAGAGGGACCCACAGCAUUCUAUAAGGGAUUCAUGCCUGCAUUUCUUCGUCUGGGCUCCUGGAACAUUGUGAUGUUUGUGAGCUACGAGCAGAUCAAGAGAGCCGUGGUGAGACUCCAGCAGUGACCUGUCUGACAGCUGGGCACUGUGGACCAACAUAUAUUUGGAUGAUACCAUAUAAGGAUUGACGCAUAGCACCCAGGAGGUAUUAAGGUAUUAACUUUAUACAUAGUCAUUUAAAGAUAGAGCUCAUGUAUAUUCCUCAGCAUGGGUCGGCUCUGUUGUUGCAAUUUAAACUGUACUAGCUCGUUUAAAAGGUCUCCACCGACUUGUGUGCAAAAGAGAAGUAACAAGG